AUGGCGAACUCAUCUCAACUCUCCGACUCAACCAUCUCCGCUUCGGUUUCGGCUGACACCAAAACAUUACUUCUUAUUAUGGGGCCCUGUGGGGUAAGAGGUUGCGAGUGUACCUCCGGAGAAAGUGUAUCCAAUUCGAAUUACUGGUGCGAAACAAAGUGUACCAGAUGCACACAUCCUCUCAGCAAACAUAACAGCUAUGGUGACCCCGGUUCUUCUGGCUCUGGUAUUCUUUCGGCUCGGAAAACCAAGCCUCUCAUGAUCAAGCCUUAUGUCCACCCACGACAUGAUCUAAUCGACGAAUUGAUCCGCCGUCUAGAACGCUACCACCUGAUCCGAAUCAACGGGACCCCUGCCUCCGGGAAAACAACAACAAUGAAGCUGUUGGCCAAUGAGUUACUCGAACGGUAUCCCGAUACUCCGUUGUAUGUUCUAUCAGGUUGGCCGGAGAGACAGGUUCGGGCUGCAGGAGGCUGGAUACGCUAUUUCAAAGAGCAUCUCAACGUCCGUGGUGAUGAACUUGAAGCAUAUCCAUGUUUCAUCCUUCUUGAUGAGGCACAAGAGUCAUAUUGGGAUACGGACUUAUGGGCUCAACUCUUUAAGUCUAUUGAGAAGACAGUCUCCGUCCAUUUUGUUCUUUUCACAUGCUAUGGCGCAGGGAUGACCCAUGGCGGCGGGGGUCAGACGCUCCCUACUCCGACGCCUAUCAAUUUCCAACUUCACCAGCAGGUAUCGCUGAGACCGGAAGAAGGGAUUUAUAACCACCCGGGGCGGAAACAGGUUGGCUUGCUGCUCAGUGAGAACGAAGCGUACAACGUUCUGGACCAAUAUGUGCCAAGCAACAUAUCGAAUGGUGCAGACAUUCUCACAAAAGAGUUGAAGUGUGGAUUAUAUCUGGCCAGUGGCGGCCAUGCGGGGCUGCUUGUAUCCCUCGUGGAUGCCCUGGAGCAAGUACCGGAGCUCUAUACCUUGAUUCAAAGAAGCCAACCGCUCGAUUGGGUGACAGCAAGCCGUAGUCUGUUCAGCGAUGACCAACGAUUGUUCCAAAUCAUUCAGUAUCUCCCAUUUGCUCGAGGCCUUCCUAGACAAGAAUACCUGCAACAACACGCUUUCGCUAGUGUCUUUAAGAAUGCUGUUGCUCACAACGGGACUCUCCAGUCGAGUUAUCUCAAGAACCUAGUUCAACAGAGGGCUCUUGAAGAUAUUUGGAAACAAGGAUGGCUUCAUGCGGAGACGGUACAGAGAGAUACACUUUAUGUGUUUCCCAGCCAGAUCCAUCGAUGGUAUUGCCAGUGUCUUUUCUCUCGGGUAAACUCAGAAAAAGAAUUGAACUAUUCAUCGCCUCUUGAGAUGGCUAUCGAUGCCAUCCGCAAAUUUGACCCAUGCCAGCUAUCAAGUCGUCUACGCACACUAGAGGGUGAUCCCAUCCCCAUUGAAGACCAGUACCAGAAGGAAUUCUACCGCUGCCUGUUCCCACUGCUGCUCGAAUACCAGAUCAAAAUGGCUCCAGAAUACCUUAUCAAAACAGGGGUUAGGAGUGGAAGAAUCGAUUUCCUGAUAGAGCAGAAGCGGUGGGGGCUGGAAUUACUACGAAAUGGCGACCGUGUCAAACAACAUAUGCAACGGUUCAAGAAAGAUGAAUAUCGCGGUCAUCUAUACCAUGUUGUCUUUUCUGGGGAUUUUAGAAUCGUUCGCAUCAUUGAUGCCUCGGAUCUGAGUGAAGUCAUUACCCUUGUUCUAGUAGAGAACCCACACUUUCUCCGCUAA